GUCCAGUCUUCAAACUCAUACACUCGCUCGCUUGCUGGGAGUGAAAGAAGAUGAUUCUCGAUCAGAUAUCUUAUCUGGACUGUAUCAUAUUCCUGAUUUUUCUCACCCCACAGUUGAUUCUCCAUGUCGGACUCCUGAAGACCUCGUUCUGGCUUGUAGGCGCUUUGCCACAUAUUGCGAUCAAAAUACCAUAUCAAUUCAUUCAUGAGCGCUUCUUUAUGCCGUUCGAUCAACGAACGCCUUUCGUGCAGCGCGCCACGCCUUUUCAAGACCUCGUCAUACGAUAUGUUCGUUUCGCUUUUGCCCACAUGCCGUCGUUCAUUGGCCGCGUGUUCUUCUCUAAGCCUGUGUCGCUGCCCUUCCUGCGAUGGCGAAUGUUGAGACACGGAUAUCUGCGCUCGCCGAUUCCGUGGCGCGAGAUCAAUCACCAGAAAUUCACUGGUGUUUGGAUUGUGCCUGACGAAAGCCGAGAGCCCGACGUUGUCGUCUACUAUUGCCAUGGCGGUGGAUUUUCAAUGGGUUCAAGCUACUUUUACAUGGAAUUUCUGAUCGCAUGGGUCGCGCUCCUGAAGGCUGCAGGAUUCUCAAACCCAGCACUUCUUGCACUCGAAUAUACGCUCGUGCCAGACGCCGUGUAUCCUAAACAGAUCCAGGAGACGUAUUUUGGCUAUAAGUACUUGCUUUCCAUUGUCGAAGAUCCCUCCAGAAUCUGCGUCGCUGGUGAUUCAGCAGGAGGUACUUUGAUUCUAAGCCUGCUCCUCUACCUCUCUGAAUCCGAGCUCAGAAACCAGCUGCCGGCGCUCGCAUGCAUGAUAUCGCCUUGGGUGACUCUCAUCUCCGAGAAGAACCGCAAUACGCCUUCAGACUAUCUCGAUGCAUCGAGUCUAAGACUUUAUGGGUCACAAUAUAUCGGAACCAAAGUUUCACCCGAAGAUCCAAUGGUUUCUCCCGGCAAUUGCAAAGACGUUCACCGGUGGGCGAGGGCGAGUCCACUGAAAGGAUGGAGUUUCCAACUUGGAUCCGAAGAAGUGCUGGGACCUGAAACGUAUGACCUGAUUGACGUGUUAAGGAAAGCUGGACAGCAAGUACAUGUCUCUGAAGAAGAGGGAGGAAUUCAUGCCUGGCCUGUGGCGUUGCUCUAUCUGGGCGAAUCGCGCGAUGAGCGUUUGCACGGGCUAGCAGAUAUCGUGGGCAUAAUGGUGAAAAGAAUGCAAUAGACGCGCAUAAUUAGAACCAAGGCAACAGAUUCUUAUUUUACGAUAAUGCCAAACUACGAAAGCAUAUGGGC